AGAAGAGAGCAAGUGGCGCUAUGAAUUUCCGGCGUUGCGACGGCCAAAUAAAGACUCGUCACUUCCUCUUGCUGUGCUUCACUUAGCGUCGCCGCUCUUGCAGGGACGCGCGGUUGGAGUAGAGAGAGCGAGAGAGUCAGAGUGCGAGAGUGCGAGUGUGAGAAAGCGACCCCGGAUUCCCGAGUACCGACGAUCGCACUCGCUCGAGUCGCUAGAGCCGCUUUUUCCUCUUCCUAAGCUCGUCGCUCGAGUUUGUGUGUGUAUACGCGUCGUUCGAGGCCGAGGUCGAUACGCUCGCGCUCGGCUACAGGCUUUUACCAACGCCAUUAGGCGUUGUUGGCAAUUUUUUUAAUUUUGGGGUCCUCGCCUAAGCUCAACCAUUCAACAUGACGGAUAAUCAGUACGCAAAUUAUCAGCAACAAAGCUACAACCAGUACAGCCAGCCGCCCCCGUCGGCUGGCACACCCGACACAUCUUACCCGCCGCCGAACACGGGAAGUGGCUCUUCCUACAAUCAAUAUAGUCAACCGCCGCCAAACUAUCAGAACUACCAGAGUUAUCAGGAUAACGAUUCUAGCCAAGAUUACAAUCCAGGUCAGAACCAGGGUGGAUACAACCAAAGCAGUUACGGCAGCGGAGGUUCCAACAACGGCAGCAGUGGCAAUAACUAUGGUAGUAAUUAUGGGAGCGGAAACAGUGGUGGCAGCGGUGGUGGAGGAUACAGCCGAGGCAGUUCGGGAGGAGGAUACAAUAGUGGAGGCGGUGGUGGUGGUGGUGGCGGCGGUGGCCGAUAUGGCGGCGGAGACGAUCGAAGGGGAUACAGUGAUCGUUCAGGUGGUAGCUACAACAGUGGCGGUGGCCGUGGUGGUUAUAACAAAGGAGGAUACGGUGAUCGCGGCAGCAACGACGGAAUGGUUACGCAAGAGGAUACCAUAUUUGUAUCUGGGAUGGAUGCCACCAUCACCGAGGAAGAAAUUUGCCAGCACUUUGGCGCUAUCGGUCUCAUAAAGAACGAUAAACGCACUGGCAAGCCCAAAAUCUGGAUGUACAAAGACAAAAGUACGGGCAAAAAUAAAGGCGAGGCGACGGUGACGUACGACGACCAAAAUGCCGCCCGUUCAGCCAUCGAUUGGUUCGACGGCAAAGACUUCAAAGGCUGCAAAAUUAAAGUACAGAUUGCCCAGCACAAGAGCAAUUGGCAAGGCGGACGUGGAGGUGGCGGCCGAGGCGGCGGUGGCCGAGGCGGAGGUGGCCGUGGCGGUGGUGGUGGAGGAGGUGGCGGCGGCGGCGGCGGAGGCGGUGGCGGUGGCUACGGUGGCGGUGGCGGUGGACGCGACCGUGGCGAUAGAGACCGAGGUGGUGACGGAGAUCAUCGCCGAGAUGGUGGCGGCGGAGGAGGAGGCAGCGGCGGUGGAUCCCGUGGCGGAGAUUGGCGGUGCCCUAACCUCAGCUGCAGUAACACGAACUUUGCUUGGCGUGAUCAGUGUAAUCUUUGCAAAAGUUCCAAGCCAGAAGGAAUGGGAGGCGGCGGUGGCGGUGGCGGUGGCGGCGGCGGCGGCGGCGGCCGAGGUGGCGGCGGCCGUGGCGGUGGUCGUGGUGGAGGUGGCGGUGGCGGUGGCGGCGGCUUCAGAAGUGACAGAGGCGGCGGCGGCGGUGGCGGUGGCCGUGGGGGCGACAGGGGCAGCAGAGGCGGCUUCCGUGGUGGCGACAGGGGCGGCGGUCGUGGCGGCGGCCGAGGAGGUCCCAUGAGAGGCGGCGGAGGACGUGGUGACAGAGAUCGUGACCGCCAACGGCCCUAUUAAAUUCCUCGUUGCAGAGGAGCAAAUAAGAUGACACGUGUUGGCGAUAUGUACACAAGCAGCGAGCAUGUAAAUUUUUUCAGAACCCUAAAAGUACACACAUGUUUUUGAUGUGUCAUGUUCGUGUUCUUAUUUUUUACACAUUUUCAUUGAAUAUGAGAAUGCCUGUUCUCGGAGUUGAUUGAGUACGAUCCUGUUUCCCCCCAAAUACACAAAAUGUGUCCUGAUUAUAGAGAAUGUAAGAAAGAAAUGUAACUUUCUUAAUUGAGAGAUGAAAUGUAUUAAAAUUUUCUAAAGACUGUACUACUGCUUCUAUGUAAUUAAAAUAAACUACGAUUUAAGUUACACUCUUGACAGAAUUAAUUAUAAAACUAGGUUUUAAUAAAAACAGUCCUUAGAUAUUUAAGAAUUAAA